AGGAUAUUAAAACAGAGUACAAUUUGUACCAUAGUCCAUAUAAAAAUACAUUGGUUUAGUGUGUAUCAUGAUUCGCGAUAAGAAAAUGAAGAAAAAGUUCGGAAAAACUGAAACAAAUUCAGAUGGUUUAAACUUGGAUGACGUCAUUGCUCUUGGUGGUGACGAAGAAGAUUUUAAGUUGCUCCAAGAUGUAGAUAACGGAGAAAAUACUGUUAUUAAAACUACAGAUACUUUUAAAGAUGAUGAAUUCAGCAACUUGAUAUCUGAGCUUGGUUUUGAAAAGUAUCAAGAACCUGUUGUAACCGAAGCAGACAAAAAGAAAUCUUCUAAAAAUGUCAAAGAUAAGAAAGUAUCGGCUUCAACAAAAUCUGAAGACCUUCGUCCUCUUCCAGUUGACCUAAAUAAGAUGCCGACUCGACUCUUGGUUAAAACCACAACUCUGUGGCACGAACUUUUCCAAGAUGAGCCAGCUGCUAAUAUAUCGAAUGAGCAACCUUACCUGAAUGUGUUGAAGCAAUACGCUGGCAAGUUGUUUGAUAAUGAGGUGCUUCUUUUCAAGAAGAAAGCUUCUUUGGAUGGAAAUGUAAAAAAAUCCGGGAAUGCUCAAUGGAUGAAUACAGUUGCUAAAGCAGGAACUUUGUCCGAUCGUGUUGCUGCUUUGUCUCUCAUGGUCCAGGAAGCUCCUAUUCAUAAUUUCCAUUCUCUUGAGCUUCUCUCUAAUAUGGCAAAGAAGAAAGGAAGGAGGGAAGCUAUUAUGGGCUUGGAAGCAAUACGAGACUUGAUGCUCGGUGAUUUGUUGCCUGUUGGAAGAAAACUACGGCCGUUCAGUCAACAAGCCAUCAAUGUUAUGACGCUGUCUUUACAGGCAAAAGAUGGAAGUGGUGAAUGGUCACUAGAGUCGUGCAGGAGAAGAUUAAUUAUCUGGAUAUUUGAGCAUAAGUUGAAAUUAAUCUUUGCUUCAAUAGUUGAGCACCUUACCACCAUGUCGCAUGAUGCCAUGGAAGUAUCAAAAACUAAAGCAAUGUCGGUGGCGUUGGAACUUCUACAAAGCAAACCCGAGCAAGAGAAAGCUCUUCUGUCACUCAUUGUUAACAAACUUGGAGACCCAAAAUUUAAGAUUGCCUCGAAAUCUCUACACAUGCUCAACUGUGUUGUUGCGCAACAUCCAAUGAUGCAAGAGAUCAUUGUGACCGAGGUUCGGGACCUUCUACUUCGACCAAACCUUGCAGCUCGUGCCCAAUAUUAUUGCAUUUGUUUCCUUAGUGCUCAGAUGCUUUCACACGAAAGAAAAGAAGUUGCCCUAAAGCUUGUACAAAUCUACAUGAGCUUCUUCAAAGCAAGUUUAAAAAAGAAAUCAACAAGUAACAAGAUGUUAAGUGCUCUGUUGACAGGUAUAAACAGAGCUUUUCCAUUCACUGAUUCGUCUGAGAAAGGAAUCACAGAAGAACUGAACAUUCUAUUCAAGACUGUUCACGUUGCCAGUCUUAGUACAACAGUGCAGGCUCUAAUUUUGCUCUACCAGGUAUACAACUCACGAAAUGAGGUACCUGAUCGUUUCCACAAUGCUUUCUAUGCAAGCAUUCUUCAUACGGAGCUACCUACUUGUACGCACCGACACCCCAUGUUUCUCAAUCUAUUGUACAGAUCAAUGAAAGCUGAUGUAUGUGAACCACGUGUUCAUGCUUACGUUAAACGCUUACUUCAAUCAACUACAUUACAACUUCCAUCAUACUGUGCUGCCGUGCUUACCAUGGUGGAUGAACUCUGUAAAGUGAGGCCAGCACUCAAGUAUUCGUUUCUUGGAUCAAAGUUGGAAGGUGGGAGCUCACUCAAGGAUGAGAUGGAUGAUGAUGGACAGGAGCAUUUUAUGGAUGUUAAGGAAGAUUCAGAUGAGGAGACUUUUUCAAAGAGAAUGAAUGAGAAGGAUGAUAUUUCAGAUGAUGAUUCUGUUGAUGAAGUUGACAAUGGAUCAGAUGACGAGGAUUAUGGUUUCAACAUGGAAGAUGAUGAACAAGAUCUUUUGGAGGAAGAUUUAGAAGAUGCAGGAAUGUUUGUCUCUUCAAAGGAUGAUAAUCAGCCCAAAAAAGCAAAAAAGAAAAAAGGAAACUCUAUUGUUUCAACACAAUCAACAAAACGUCGUCGUCAUGAUGAUGUCACAGAUCAGUUUAACCUGCUCCUCGAGGAAAAUGUAACAAACAGAGGUGAUAGUGGGACAAGUUCUGCUUUUGUAAACAAAGAUCGAUCAAGCAACAAACAACUAAAAUGGGAACAGAAGCGUACUUCAUCUGGAAAACCACAAAAGUUUAAGAAUAACAAAAAGCGACCUUUUAAAAGAAGGCAAUACUAGUUGUGCAUGCUCUGUGUUCUGAAAAUUUCUGGCUAUUAAAUAAACGUGAAAUGAAAAAUAAAA